GGUAUAUUACAUGUGCCCUGCACUUAUUCUGUUCGUGGCGGUCGAUACCACAUGUGCUGGGGGCGAGGCUGGUGCCCAUGGUAUGGCUGUAAUGAUGAGAUCAUCAAGACUGAUGGGCAGAACGUGACCUGGAGGAAAUCUGGUAGACACCAGUUACUGGGGAACAUCAGACAGGGGGACGUGUCCCUGACCAUCACCGGGGCCACGAAAGAAGAUGAAGGAACCUACUGCUGCCGUGUGGAGAUCCCUGGAUGGUUCAAUGACCUAAAAAAAGAGAUGAAUGUGAACAUGAACGAAGUUUUGACAAUAUCAGAAGAUGUGACAGGUUCGAUGAAUGACACAUUGACCCUACCCUGCACCUAUACGCCUCAUAAGGAUCAACGCUCCAUGUGCUGGGAACGAGGCGACUGCUCACAGUUUGGCUGUAAUAAAGAGAUUAUCAAGACUGAUGGCCAAAAUGUGACCGAGAGGAAAUCUGACAGAUACCAGUUACUGGGGGAUAUAAGUGAGGGGGACGUGUCCCUGACCAUCACCGGGGCCACUAAAGAAGAUAAGGGAACCUACUGCUGCCAUGUGGAGAUCCCUGGGCAAUUCAAUGAUCGGAAAAAAAAGGUGGAAGUGAAGAUACAAGAAGCAGAAAACGCAGAAUCUACCUCCAAAAUCCCCAAUUCUCAUACACAUAUCACAGCUACCCGAAAGUCCAUGUAUCAGACAUAUGAUGUUUCCCACAAUCCUGUGACUCUUACAACCAGGACAACUUCAUUCACCUCACAGGUGACCGGAAACUCUGAACACAAGUCGCAAUCCACAUCCACCACCAGUAUUGUAAUUCCCAGCAUUGUUGUAACACUUUUCCUUAUCACAUUGAUAGGAGUCAUCAUAUUCCUGUAUAAAUAUAAAAGUGGUAAGAAGACAAUAACAGAGAGCACAUUGCCGGUGGUAAAUUUGGAAGCUCUGGAAAAAGCAGGACACAAAACCACAGAUAAUAUCUAUACCUAAUGGAAUUAGGGAAGAGAAACACCCUGUUGCGCUCAUUUGGAUCUGACCAGGAGAAGGAGGAUAAUCGUGCAUUUACUGUAUAUUAAGACAACAAGGACCAUGAAACGUGUAGGCACUUGGGGGUUUCGGCCAUAUUGCUCAUGUUCAGUGUGAAAGAUGGUAACACCAUAUGGUUAGGCUGGUUUUAGGAGGUAGGAAAAUUAGGCAAUGGCUUAUGGGGUUACCCAAAGAGAGGAUUCCUUGGAACAACCUAAGAGUGGACCGUGACUCACGGGAAGCAAAAACGGGCCUGGUCCAGAUUCCGGUUAUGGAAUGGUCCUACAUUGCUUCUACCGCACGUAGACUAGACCCCAGCACCAUGCGUUGGCCAAUGGCCGCAGGUUUUUGCUGUCCAAACUGCAUAAUUAUUGAUAUAAUAGUGGAGCUAUUAAUGGGGAAAAUUUAUCAAAACCUGUC